AUGGAUGCACCUACUUUUUAUAGUGAAUCUAAGAGAAAGAAACGUGAUGAACCUUUUUCUGACGACAGUGAGGAAGCUAUUUCAUCAGAUGACACGCUCUCACCAGAGGGAACCGAUGGUAUAGAGUAUAAUGAAUCGAGUGAUGAAAGUGAGUUUGAUGGUGAAAUUAGUGAUGUAAACAUUAAUGAAAUUGAAACUCAGGCAAUAGAAAGUCCGGCAAUGCAAAGUGUAUGGCAUAGUACCACUUCAAAUGAAAGAAAGUUUUCGUUAUCUGGGAAGGAAGAACUGUCAAUCGCACCUAACCCUUCUUAUGAAGGGAAAAUCUGGCCUAUUGAUAUGUACUCUCUUUUUUGA